GUUUUCCCCAAAUGUUUGUUUCUAGGGUUUCACAGAGGAAAAGGAAAAAGUCCCAAUUCUACGACGGAGAUUCGGAUCGGUUGAUCCAAAAGUGAAAAUCUAAAUUGUUUGGAAGUCGCAAGGGUGAAGGAUCUGGUUUUAUUGAUGAUUUUGUCGAGGAAGAUGAAGAAUUGGAGCAGUAGAACCGUCCUGGAGUGGAAACAAAGAAAGCUUUAUGUAGAAAUGGCCCAACAUGAGGCUGGAAAAACAAAGUAUAAAAGCAAAGAGGAGGACAAAAAAAACAAAAAAGAACACCAAUGCAGGAUUUUGCCAAUUUUGGUCCCUGCACUUCCUUCGCUUCCAAUCGAAUGCUUACACAAAUACUUACAAAUAUCCAUUCAGCCAUCUCUUGCUACCUCUUCAGCUUCGUCCACCUAUGUAACAUGCAUGUACACUCUUGCCUUUCCAAGACCAUCGGCCUUCUUCCUCAAUAUAUUCCCCAAAUACAGAUUAUGGGCUCUUUUGAUAUCAGCAUGGUGUUGCUGA